AUGGCUAGAAAGAAGUCUGCUGCCAAAAAGGCUAGAGAAGAAGCAGAAGCUAAGGGUAUAAAGGCCCCAGCUACUGCUGCUCCUACUGAAACCAAAGUGGAAGAGGUCGAAAAACCAGCCAAAAAGACUGAAAGCACUCAAAGUACACAAUAUGAGGAAGACUCCGACUCAGAGUCCUCAUCUUCUGAGGAAGAGGAUGAGUUUGGUGACUUGAUCACCGAGGAUGUGGAAAAGGGUAUUGAGCAAGUCCUCCAAGCUAUCAAGACAGACCCAAAGAAGCUUUUGGAUCCGAACACGAAAUUCUUUGAUGACCCAGAAAAUGUCACUGCCAACGAAAAGAAAGAAAAACCAUUGUACUUGAAAGACUAUCACAGAAUGAAUUUGUUGUCUGGAAACUACAAGGAUGACGAUGAUGAAGAAUUCAAUACUGUCGAUGGAGAAAAACCAUUCGUGGUCACUCAAAGAGAGGAAAGAAACCAAUUGCUUUCUGAUAUUAAAAAUGCAUUCGAUGAGGAAGAAGAAGAUGACGAUGACGAUUUCUUGAAGAAGGUUGAACCAAAGGAGAAGUCUAGAAACGAAGAAUUGAAAUCCAUAAGAUUACCCAAUCCAAACGAGGAUGGAAAUGAAUUUUUAAAGGCUUUCCUUGAUAACCAAGCGUGGAUUCCUAGUAAGAAUGAUAAGGUGCUCAACUUGGACAGAAUAGAUCAGGAUGAUGAAGAGCAAUUUGAUGAUGCCGUGGAGAAGUUCGAACAUGCGUACAACUUCAGAUACGAAGAUGCUAAUGCCGCAGAAAUUGUAUCGUAUGCCAGAAGUCAAGCUACCUUGAGAAGGUCUGCCACUAAUGCCAGAAAGAGACAAAGAGAAAAGGAGCAAGAGGAAAAGCAGAAGGAGAACAAGAAGAGUGAGGAAUUGGUGAAGAAGAAGAAGACUCAAAAGUUGAAUAAGGUUAUAGACAGAUUAGCACAAAUCAAGGAAGCUGUCGGAGACGAGGUGAGCGAUGAAGUGAUCCAAAAGGUGUUUGGUGACUCUUUGUUGAACGAUGAUUUCGAUGAUGGCGAUUGGGACAGCAAGAUGGCCCAAAUCUUUGACGAACAGUACUACGGGGCAGAAGACGUCAAGCCUGAGUUCGACGACGAUUUGGGUGAUAUAGUCAGCGAUGCCGAUGAAGAUGCAGAUGAAGGAGAUGAAGAAAAUGAGCAUAACGAUGAAGAAGACGUUGGCGAAGAUAUCGGAGAAGAUGUGGGCUCCGAUGAGCCUCCUAAGAAGAAGUCCAAGAAGGAACAACUUAAGGAGAAGAAGUCUUCCAAGAAGGACAAAGAAGCAUUGAAGGCCAGAGCCCAACAGAUCGUUGAGGCUAAUGCUCUCAAAAUCAGAGACGAGGUUGACGAAGAAAGAGGCCGUAGCCGUGCAUCCGAAGAUAUCAAGUUCAAGUAUCGUGAGGUUUCACCAGAAACAUUUGGUUUAACCACAAGAGAUAUCAUAUUGGCAGAUGACAAGCAAUUGAACACGUUUAUUGGAAUCAAGAAGUUUGCUCCCUACAGAGCCAAGGAGGCUAGAUUGAAGGAUAAGAGAAAGUACACCAAGAAGAAACAUUUACAAGAGUGGAGAAAAGAAGCUUUUGGUGACAAGCAUGGACCCAAGCUUCCUGACGGCGCCAAGGAGAACGAGAUCUGGAUUCCAGCUGAGGAGGAGGAGGUCAAUUCCAGAAGGGAGAAGAGGGAGAAGAAGCACAAGCACAAGAGCAAGAGAAAGUGA